UGCCUGUAACGCUGUGCGCUGUAGCUGAAAAAUCGAGGCUUUUAGUAACAAAGAACAAAACAAAGAACAACAAAAACGCGAGAAAAGUGACAUUUAGUGUGGCUACUUCACAGAAGAGUGCGAGAGCUGCAACGAUUGGAUCGGGCGAAAAUCAUCACAAUAAAGCCAUUAAAUGCGUAAAUCUCAGCAUGUGUGCACAAAUGCAACCCACCAUUCAAGAAGAGAGAGAAAGCGAGGGGGGGAGAGUCCACCAUCGCAACACCCCCUCCUUCCGUCCCCUCCACCACUCACAGAAACGGAAUUAAAAAAUCUUUAAUAUCUUUCCAGCAACUGGCCUCCAUUGCUGCAGCGCUGAGCGCGCGCACACACGCCGACACUGUGGGCCUUUAAAGCGUCGCCAGAGCGGAAGGAGGAGGAAAGUGACCCUCCGAUUCAAGAGCGGCUUCUUUACAGUGACAUCACUCAGCGUCCGAGGAAAAAGGGGGGAAACGGCUGGAGUGGAUAUGUUGAAUGUAUAGCGCUGCUCACACUGACAUCGUGACAACACCAGCGCUGUCCGUGGAUCUGUGCGAGUCGCUCUCCUGAUUGUGUAAUAUCAUUUUUUCACCCCCUUCCUGCAAAAGCGGCUGAACCUGCACCCGAGAGCGCAGGAGAGAGAGCAGCGGCAGAAGCAGCAGAAGAAGAAGAAGAAGAGGAGGAGGAGGAGGCGAGAGCAGGGGGAUCGCAGCCUUCAUCAGAAUUUAUUUUUUCUUGUUAUUACAUGGCGCAAGGGCUAUACAAACGGGACCGUCCUGGGUGUGAUACUGCCACGGUGAAUUUGGAUAUCCACGCAGCAGCAGCAGCACCAUCCUCCUCCAUCCGCCGAAGAAGCACCGUGGGUUGCGGCGGCGCCCACACCGACUCCUCAUCCUCCUCCUGCCGGCUCCAUGUCGAGUGAUGGUCGGCUUGCCUUGCUGGAUGCUCCCCGCUCUCUCCGGAUCGUCGACCACCGAACCUCCUCUGACCGCAGACCCCCAUUUUCGGCGGAAACCUUCCCAGAGCUAUAGGGCUACAUAUGGAAACUGGGGAUCAAAAUUUUAGGAAAAAGGAAAAUCUAAGCGGUUAAUUUAAUUUUUUUAAAACGAAUUUAUUACUAUUUUUGUUAGGUUUACGUAGGUUUCGAUCUGGUUUUGAGCAUGUGUGUUUCUUUGCGCCGGCUAAUGAAUUAAUUUAGUCGUUGAGCCUUGAUUUCCUCAUUCCACCGGGUUGAUUUGUGAGAAGACAGAUUUGCUUUUAACCUCACAACAGCUGUUAUAAAACACGCAGGGAAUCGCUUUUAUUUCCUCUCGACAGGACUCGAAUCGGUCCGUUUGUUUACUCUUCGCUGUCACCACUAAUAUGAUAGAUUUAGAUGUAGUCCUUCGUUUCCUUCCCCAGUUUAUUUUUACUAAUAAAAGCCACUAGAAUAAUACUAUUAAUAACAACAAUAGUCUUUAGAAUAGCUCUAUUUCUGAAUUCUUACUAGUAAACGUAAUGUUAUAGCCUUUGACUAAAGCAACUUGUUGUAACAGACGUAUUGAACUGUUGUACUUCAAACCUGCCAUUACUCCAACACCGCUCCCCCCCACCCAGUCGUCUCUUUGCUCCAUUUGAGCUCGUGUAAAUUCAGCUCAGUGCUUAUAGCUGUGAUCUCUACAAGUCAACGAACAGGUUGUUUUUUGACCGGCCUGUACAGAAUAAGCCUUGCUUUUGUUUUUAGGCUCCUCUUAGUUACCCUAGGCUUUAAUUAACCCGUCAUAGAUCUGUGUUAAUAAUCACAUUUGUAGCUUUUGUUUUCUUGCUGCAAGUGGCUCCAGUGCUGAGCUCCAUCUGCAGCUCCAGGCCUGCUGAGGUGCUGUCAUCCUCUGCAUACCUAAUUUUUCCACACAUCUUUUUGGGUGUGAAAGUUAAAAACAAACAGAGAGGAGAGACUUCACCGCCUCUUCCUCUCUCCCCCUUCUCUCUGCCAUCCUUAGUUUUUUCUCUUGUUUUGGUCCUCACCCAAACGCAACCAUAAGGUUCCUACCGCAUCCUCCGCCUCCUUCUUCCCUCUCCUUCCGCUCGAGUAUAUCCCGUUUUUUCGGUUUGAUUUGGUCCCGCAAAUUUUCAAAUAUUUACUUCCUAUACAUCAAGAGGAAAGGGGGUCCCCCUUUCAUGGAAUGCGGAAACAUGGGUCUGUUCGACCGCGGAGUCCAGAUGCUGCUGACCACGGUGGGCGCCUUCGCGGCCUUCAGCCUCAUGACCAUCGCGGUCGGCACGGACUACUGGCUGUACUCCCGCGGCGUCUGCAGGACCAAGUCCAUGAGCGAGAACGAGACCAGCAAGAAGAACGAGGAGGUGAUGACCCACUCGGGCCUGUGGAGGACGUGUUGCUUGGAAGGAAACUUCAAAGGCAUGUGUAAACAGAUAGACCACUUUCCCGAGGAAACAGAUUAUGAAGCAGACCCAUCUGAGUACUUCUUACGUGCGGUGCGAGCCUCCAGCAUCUUCCCCAUCCUCAGCGUCAUCCUGCUCUUCAUGGGAGGCCUGUGUAUAGCUGCCAGUGAGUUCUACAAGUCACGCCACAACAUCAUCCUCAGCGCAGGGAUCUUCUUUGUGUCUGCAGGCCUGAGCAACAUCAUCGGGAUCAUUGUGUACAUAUCAGCCAACGCAGGAGACCCUUCAAAAAGUGACUCGAAGAAGAACAGCUACUCUUACGGCUGGUCUUUCUACUUCGGUGCCCUCUCCUUCAUCAUGGCUGAGAUGGUGGGCGUCUUGGCCGUGCACAUGUUCAUCGACCGCCAUCGACAGCUGCGAAUAGGGGCGCGCGCGGCCGACUACCUCCAAGGCUCGGCCAUAACACGGAUCCCCAGCUACCGCUACCGCUACAGACGCCGCUCGCGCUCCUCCUCCCGCUCCACAGACCCGUCACAUUCUCGCGACGCCUCGCCGGUGGGCCUCAAGGGCUUCAGCGCGCUGCCAUCCACGGAGAUCUCCAUGUACACGCUUCCCCGGGACACCCUCAAAUCCUCCGGCACACCAACCGCCACCUACAACUCUGAGAGGGACCACAACUUCCUGCAAGUCCACAACUGCAUCCAGAAGGACUUGAAAGACUCGAGCCACACCAACACAGCGAACCGCCGCACCACGCCUGUAUGAGAGAGUCGACACAGGCCAGGCCAGCACGGCGGAGACCAGGAGACACGGAAACCCCUGUGGGUGGAGAACGCCCCAGGAGAAGAUGGAUUUCCAUGUUUAUAGACAUUUGUUCUUUUUGUUCAGCUGCAUGACUUUUCCAUUACCAUUGUUGAGAGAGUUUCAACAAGUCUGCUGUGUUCCUGGAUUGAAUGGCAGAGGACUGAGAGUGGGUCAGGAUGUCCCAAGGAAGUGAGCUCUGUCAGGUAUUUUUGAGCAGGGUUUGUUUGUGAGGUUCGGGGCGCUGA